CAAGUACUACUUUUUUUUAAUCAUUGUCUCACUGCAAACGCAACAGCUGCCAAUUCAAAUGGAUCGGUUUCGAUGCCAGUGCGCAAUGGAACAAUUCCACGUGUUAAUUUAGAUGUGACGUUUGAAUUGUACACUUUGAAGAAUAAAGACACAGCGCAAAUUCUUUCGAUAGAUAACAUUACGUCGAUCACCAAAUUGAACUUCAAUAAAAAUGUGCCCAUACGCUUCGUAAUUCACGGAUUUCUCGAAUAUAAUGGAAAAUUGAAACGAAUCAUCAAUGAUGCUUAUCUAUCGAAAGCUAAAGUAAACGCAAAUUUGAUUGUUGUCAACUGGGAAAAAUUGUCACAAUCAAUUAAUUAUAUUGUAGUUAGUAACCGGGUAAAAUCGAUUGGUGUCCAAGUUGCUGCUAUGAUUGAUUACAUGGUGAACAAUCAUCUCGUUUUCAUCAAUCACAUCACUUUAAUUGGAUUCUCGUUGGGUGCUCAUGUUGCCGGAAUUGCUGGAAAGCAUGUGAAAUCCGGAAAAUUGUCAAAAAUAAUCGGUUUAGAUCCGGCCGGUCCACUGUUCUCCGUGGAUAAACCUCAUGAGCGAUUGGAUAGUGAGGAUGCAAAAUAUGUCGAAGUCAUUCACACCAACGGCGCAUUCUUAGGAAUGCACUAUCCAAUUGGAACGGUUGAUUUCUAUCCAAAUAACGGAUUGAAACAACCCAGCUGCUCGUGGGAUUUAACUGGCAAAUGCUCGCACUGGUGUGCAUUCAAAUAUUUCGCUGAAAGUAUCUACUCACCUACCAAAUUCUACGGAUAUCCAUGCGCCUCAUUCGAUUAUAUGAAAAAAGGAAAUUGCAAAGGUGCCUAAUUGCGAAUGGGUGGCGAGCCGGGCAAUUACAAGGCCGAAGCCAGCAUUUACUACUUGACUACAAAUUCGAAGUCGGUUUUUGGCCGCCGUCAACCAAACUAAACAGGUGAAUGCUCUUGAUCAUUCCAAGAAAUGCACGAUGAAUAGUCUUUUUAAGAAAACUUGACUUCAGUGUAUAAUCAAAAGUUUUAUCAUCGGAACACACACACUUACCAUCAAACAUGAAAUAGGUGCCAAAUAUCUGUGCAUAAUAAGUUUUGAUUCAUUUUAAACCAAAGUUGUUGUAUACGAUUAUUGUAAUA